AUGUACCGCUACUUUACAGCCCACAAUACGUUACGGUACGUGGACGUGUUACAACCGUUGAUCCAUACGUACAAUCAAUCGUAUCAUCGAAGUAUUGGGAUGGCCCCGCAUCAAGUCACGGAAAAAACACUGCCCGAGGUCUGGGACAAACUCUAUGGCCAGCGCUUGGACCAAAAGACGACACCCCCCAAAUGUCAAGUGGGAGAUCGCGUACGCCUCAACAAGAAACAUCGUCCCUUCAAAAAAGGCUAUUUACCGGGAUGGACGAAAGAAGUGUUUGUGGUCACGCACGUGCGUCGUCAUCCCCUGGUCACCUAUCGACUCAGUGAAUGGGACGACGCGCCUAUAAAAGGCACGUUUGACGAACCCGAUGUGCAAAAAGUGCAAGUAUCGGACGACUCGUUAUUUCGAGUCGAAAAAGUCUUGAAACGAAAAGGACGCAACGUGUUAGUGAGGUGGAAAGGGUGGCAGGCCAAGUACGAUAGUUGGAUU